AUCUUUUCAGUGAAUGAAUCUUCAUAUAUUCUUUAACCUCCACUAAUAAACCAUUUUCCUUUUCCUCCUAUAAAGAUUGAAACUCGACGCUUCUUUUUCAUUCUUUAUUCUCUUUUUUGAGUGUGGAAGCCAAAAACACUGCCAUGGCUCCUUCUCGUCUUCUUCAUUUUGAUCUAAUUGAAGGAAUGCAACUUGUGAUUAAUAUAUCUGGAUCCUUGGAGAGGCACAACGUGCGAAUUGAAUUUCAACUCAAGAAUUGUACAAGGACUUGGAUCCUGCACUGGGGUUUUGUCUUCAAUGGGGAUAAUCCAAACUGCAAGUGGAAUGUACGAAGUUUAUUUUGUGUCCAUAGGAAUUGGUUCAUUCCAGCUGGUAAUUCUUCGGGAGCGAAAUCCUACAAGCACGGUGCAUUACAGUCACAGUUUACAAAGCAUGGACAGAUAUACAUGCUUAUCAUUGAGAUGCGGGAUCCUAGCAUACAUGCCAUUGAAUUUGUUCUAAAAGAUGGCAGUCAUGAUAGAUGGUUGAAACUGAACCACAAAAAUUUUCGAAUAGAGAUACCAGCAAGUGAUGCUCCUGUAAUAUCUUAUUCUGAUUCUAGCAUACCAAAGGACAUGAUAGAACACAAGGCUUAUUCACUGUGGGAGAGUAAGGGUAGGCCUAUAAGUUCGCCACAACAACAGAAGCAAGAUUAUGAUGAUGCAUUGAGAGAGCUCCAAAAUCACCUAUCAAAAGGAAUAACCUUAAAUGAGUCAUGGAAUAGUCAUGCAACUGGAGGAAUAAAACCUGUGAGUAAUAACAGAGAUCAACUCAGGAGCGGUAUGCGAUAUUCCUACCAUAGGAAAUACAAUGUUGAAGACUGGUUACAAAAGCAUUCUGAAGGGGACAAAGGAACUGUGUCAACAUCAGCUUUGAUAAAUCUUGUAGAGAAAUUUAUAGGUGGAACAAAUGUAAUGUCAAGGAAAAUAUAUCAUGUUCACAACUAUGAAAUUGUGGUAUUUUCAAAAUUUAUUAAUGGCGACAACCACAUUUUCAUUGCUGCAAACACGAAAGGUACUACGGUGCUUCACUGGGGUGUAUCUAAGUUGUCUCCAAGUGAGUGGUUGGUGCCACCACAAGAGAUAUGGCCAGAUAACUCAAAAAUGGUUUCUGGUGCAUGUCAAAGCUAUUUUAGAGAUAAGUUUACUGGAAAUAGAUCAUUUCAGAUUGUAGAUGUCAACUUGCAGAAGAGGAGUUUUGCUGGUAUUCAGUUUGUCAUCUGGACAGGUGGAUGUUGGGUUAAAAACAAUGGAGCAAACUUCUUUGCUGAGCUAAAAUCAAUCAAUCAAACUGAAAAGCCUUAUAUACAGUUUGAUAGAGAUGCAAAAGAGGUUGUCUUGUGGCUACUAGAUGAAAUUUCUCGUAGAGAGAAAGAGGCUGAGAGAUCUUUGAUGCACAGGUUCAAUAUUGCCACAGAGCUGACAGAUCGUUGCAAGUCGGAAGGGGAACUGGGGCUGAUUGGAAUACUAGUUUGGAUCAGGUUCAUGGCAUGCAGACAUCUCAAAUGGAAUAAGAAUUUUAAUGUAAAACCUCGUGAAAUUAGUGAAGCUCAAGACAGGUUUACCAAUUUACUGCAAAUAAUAUACUUGAACCAGCCAAGCAAUAGGGAGAUUGUGAGACUAAUAUUGAUGUGUGUUGGUCCUGGAGGGCAAGGUGAUGCUGGUCAGAGAAUCCGUGAUGAAAUUCUUUUGGUUCAGAGAAAUAAUGACUGCAAAACAGGCAUGAUGGAGGAAUGGCAUCAAAAGUUACACAAUAAUAGUAGCCCUGAUGAUGUCAUAAUAUGUGAGGCACUCUUGAAUUAUGUAAGAUGCGGGUUCAGAGUUGAUGUUUAUUGGAAAACAUUAAAUGCAAAUGGUCUGACAAGAGAGAAACUUGCAAGCUACGACCAUCCAAUUGUGUCUGAACCACAUUUCAGGACUGAUAUGAGGGAUAGCCUUAUCCAUGAUCUCACUGCAUACUUGAAGAUUCUAAAGGCUGUUUACACUGGUGUGGACCUUGAACAUGCUAUUGAUAUUUGUUUGAGAUCCUCUUUCAAGGAUGGAAACAUUACAAAUGCAAUUAAACAUAGCUGUGUGUUUGGUUUGCCAUUGAAACUGCUGGAAAAUCUGAAAUUUGUCAAAGAACAUUUUAGGGAUGCCAAUACUACUCCACUAAUGGAGAUGAAAGUUGUUUUUUCUCAGAAGUUAUUGGAAUCACGCAUUGAGCUUCGCCCUAUUCUGCUGAAAUCUCAUAGAAGAUUGAAAGAUCUACUUUUCCUUGAUAUUUCUUUGGAUUCGGCAAUCAGAACAAUUAUGGAAAAGAGCUUACAAAAUUUGAACUUUGCCAAUCUGCCGGAAAUAUUGUUUUUGUUCUCUUUUAUUCUUGAGAAUCUAUGCUUAUCAACUGUCAAUAAUGAAGACAUCAUUUACUGCACUAAGGACUGGUAUCGCAUCUGUGAAUCAUACAAAUUGGGAAAUAGUCAAUGGGCAUUACAGACAAAGGCUAUACUUGACCGGUUGGGGCUAGUACUCGCUGAAAGGUCUCAGUAUUACCAAAAAAGGCUCCAACCAAGUGCCCAGUAUCUUGGUAAUUUGCUUGGAGUUCCAAAAUGGACGAUUGAUAUUUUUACAGAGGAGUUGAUAAGAUCGGGAUGUUCUGCUAUGAUGUCAAUCCUCAUUAACCAUUUUAAUCCCAUUCUAAGGAAAGUUGCGAAUUUAGGAGGCUGGCAGGUCAUUAGUGUAGUAGAAGUGUCUGGCUUUGUUACCUUUGUCAAUGAAUUGGCAACAGCUCAAAAUAAAGUUUAUAGAAGGCCCACCAUUAUUAUUGCUUCUAAAAUAACUGGUGAUGAAGAGAUUUCAGAAGGAGUGGUAGCAGUGCUAACAACUGAUAUGCCUGAUGUUCUAUCCCACAUUUCAAUCAGAGCUAGAAAUAAUAAGAUAUGCUUUGCCACAUGCUUUGACCAAAAUAUUUUCUGGGGUCUCAAAUCAAAGGAGGGAAAAGCAAUAUCAAUAAGAUUUAAAUCAAACAAUUUGGUUAUAAGUGAUAUCAAUAGCUCCAGUCUGUCUCACAACUCCAUUAUUUCGUUCUCCAUUCGUCGAGGAGUUACCUUUAAAAAGAAGACUUUUUGUGGUAAAUAUGCUGCUUCAGUUGAGGAGUUUACUGGUGAAGUGGUUGGUGCAAAAUCAUGCAAUAUUAAAUUUUUAUGUACAAGGGUACCAUCUUGGAUUAAGAUCCCACCGUCAGUUGCCCUAACAUUUGGAGCCUUUGAGACUGCUUUGCAAGACAAAGUUAAUAAGGCCAUAGAAAAUAAGAUUGCUUCUUUAUCCAAAUCAGUGCAUAAUGGCGACCUUUCAAAACUUAAAGCAGUACAAGAAGCCAUCCUGCAAAUGAAUGCUCCACCAUCUAUGUUUACAUUAUCAUCUUUACAAACUUAUGAACUCGAGCACAAAAUUAGAAGUUCAAAAUUACCAUGGCCUAGUGAUGAAGGUAAUGAGAGGUGGAGUUAUGCAUGGCAAGCAAUAAAGAAGGUUUGGGCUUCAAAGUGGAAUGAACGAGCUUUUCUCAGUUGCCAAAAAAACAAGUUGAAUCAUGAGAAUAUAUGUAUGGCUGUAUUGAUUCAAGAAGUUAUUUGUGGUGAUUAUUCUUUUGUGAUUCAUACAAAAAAUCCCUUGUCAGGGGAUGCUACAGAGAUAUAUGUUGAGAUAGUGAAAGGGUUGGGAGAGACUCUGGUUGGGGCAUAUCCAGGACGUGCAAUGACCUUCAUUGUGAAGAAAACAAACCUGAAAUCUCCAAUGGUUACCAGUUACCCAAGCAAGCUAACGGGGUUGUACAGUAAGAAGUCCAUUAUAUUUAGAUCAGACUCCAACGCCGAGGACCUUCAAGGAUUUGCUAGUGCAGGUCUUUUUGACAGUGUAAUCAUGGACAAGGUCGAGAAAAUUGUGUUAGACUACUCCAAGGAUCCAAUUAUUGCUAAUAAACCAUUUCAAACUUCACUCUUCUCAAGAAUUGCAGAGGCAGGAAAAAUUAUAGAGGACCUUUAUGGUUGCCCUCAGGACAUUGAAGGAGUGGUUAAAGAUGGAAUAAUAUUUGUGGUUCAGGCAAGACCACAAAUUUAAUUUCGUAAAAUAUACUUAAAAUUUCAACUGAAAUAGUGUUGAAUCUGUUAAUAAUAUAUAUUGGCAAAAUCAUGCUUAUGUUAUAUUUGCAUUCCAACCACAAAUUUAACCUUGUAUUAUACACAUUAAAUAAAAUGAUAAGAUGUUAUUGCCCUAUAGG